CUUUAGCGAGUGCACAUGUUCGGCUCGUGGUAUCGUAUGAAUAGAUAUAUGCAUAUAACCAUCCAUGGAUUAGCUAGCUAGCUCGACAGACCGAUUCAGCUUGCUAGCUUCACUACCGCAGCACUAGAUAGCUACUUUGCAACCAGGGUACAAGAGUGUUCAUGUCUGAUUCACUAGGCAAGGACGACAACGACGGCGGCGAGCACACAAGGGUCCGGUGGCUGAUAACCGUGGGGCGCUACGCGGUGGCGGCCCUGGUGACCGCGGUCACUGUGGCGGUCAUCGUGAGGGCCGCCGCCGUAUCAGCGCGAUCUGAGAAGCUCUCCAUCAACGUUGUCAAUGGCACGGUGACCGCGUCGGUGACACCAACCCAGGUGAAGCUGUCGGUCGGCCUCAGCUCGAAGAACCCCAGCGGCCGCGUCGGCAUCAAGUACCAGGGCGUCAACGUCACCCUCCUCUACCCAAACGGCACAUUGAUAGCCUGGAUCGGCAUCGAGGACGGCCCGGUCUAUGGCAUAGAGGUGGGGCCAGAGCUGGUGCGGGAUUCAUUCGUAACGACGAUCCUGGACGUGCCGGCCGACGUGUCGCGGGAGUUCGCCGGGAUGAUGAUGGCGCGCAACGGGCCACGGCGGGUGGAGAACGCGACGGUGCACCUGAACGGUACGCUCCAGACGCAGAUCUCCGGGCUCAACUACACGCACGGCGGCCACGCCACUGAGUACAGCUGCUAUCCCGUGACCAUCGGCGUACUCUCCGGGCUCAACUACACGCAUGGCGGGGAUGUGUCAUGCGUCCCUUCCGCGUCGAACGGCAACAUGUAGUAGUAAUUUUCUUUUGUUAUGUUGGUGAGCUUGUUCAUUUUUCUUUUUGGUGUGGGAUUAUUGGUUAAGCUCCAGGCUUGAGAGCUCCUUUCCUCCUUCCAUGUACGUGGUUUGAUCAACCAUUCUAGUUGUUCGAAUACCGACUAGAUUGGUGUGGCGUGUGGGUGCUCCAGCUCCACCUGCUCGA